CUAAAUAGCAUCAUCAUUCUGAAGAAACACCAUCUCAAAGCCAUUUUUAUAAAUUAAGAAUUUUUAUACUGAAUAACGCGUAUAUCUCAAAUUAAAAAAAAAUGUCCGUCUCAUACGAAGUAUCAAUUAAUGCCGAUAAAAAAGAUUUUACAAAUAAUAGCGAAGUGGUUUAUAAACCAACCACAGAAGAGAAUAAUAAAUUUGAUAAAAGUUUUCACAGUUUGAAACCCGAAAAUGAAAUUGUUCCUAAAGAUUCGGGGUAUUUAUAUAUUACAGCAUUCAUUGCUGAUCUUCUUGGUUUCGUGGCGGGAAUCGGUUUCGCAUGGACAUCUCCGGUACUUCCCAAGCUUCAAGGACCGGAUAAUCCCCUUUCAGAGCCUAUAGAUGCCUCACAAGCCAGUAUUAUCGCCUCUAUUUUAUGUGUCGGAGCGGCAUUUGGCCCUUUUAUAUUCGGAUAUGCUGCAGAUAAAAUAGGAAGAAAAAAGACCUUGAUUCUGACAGCAUUGCCUAUGAUGGUCAGUCUGGGAAUAUUGGCCUAUACCGACCAAGUCAAGCUGUACUAUUUGGCCAGGAUACUUUACGGUAUGGGCGAUGGUGGAGUUUUUACAGUCUUAACCAUGUACACGGGCGAAAUCACCCAAGACCACAACCGAGGAAAAUUCUGUUGCAUCAUGGGUAUUUUUAUCGCUCUAGGGCUCCUAUUUCCUUUCUCCAUAGGACCCUUAUUAUCAGUUAAACUAUUCUGUCUCUCUUCCAUAGUUCCUUUAUUAAUUUUCUUAGCAAUCUUUCCAAUAUUGGCCCCCGAAACUCCAGGAUAUUUAGUCACACGCGGUAACAUCGAUCAAGCUGAGGCUGCAUUGGUAAAACUGAGAAGUAAAUCAAAGAAUGAAGUUAAACCAGAACUGAACGAAAUUAUAGAGUUGAUCGAAAGUGAGAAAAAUGAGAAGGGAGGAAUUGUUUUCUUGUUCCGAUCCAGGGCCCCACGAAAGGCUUUCAUGAUAGCAGGUGGAUUGAUGAUUAUCCAGCAAGUGUCUGGAAUAAACGCAGUUACGGGGUUCUUGGAGAACAUCUUCUUAGCUACUGGGAGUUCUAUUCCACCUCAAAUAGCUACCACUUUGAUCGGGGUCAUUCAAGUGUUCACUGUUUUUAUCACUUCGUCUUUAAUCGAUAAGUUAGGCAGAAAAAUGCUUCUUCUAUCAUCCGCUUUAGGUUUAGCAGUCUCCCUCACACUUCUUGGACUCUAUUUCUUUCUCUCUAAACAUCAAUUUGCUUUCGUCACUUACAUUUGGUGGUUACCCAUUGUCAGUCUAAUUUUCUAUAUUAUCUGUUUCAACUUUGGAGUGGGCCCAGUGUCCUGGGCAAUGGUCAGCGAGCUAUUUCCUUCUAAUGUCAAAUCUAGUGCGACAGCUAUGGUCUCUGCAACAAAUUUUGGCGUUUCGUUCCUGAUUACCAUGGCUUUUCCUCUUAUUAGUGAGAUGUUGGGUAUGGCACAGUCAUUCUGGUUGUUUGGGGUCUGUUGUAUACUCGGUGCUGUGUUUAUCCUAUUGAUUGUCCCAGAAACAAAAGGAAAAACUGCUGCAGAGAUCCAACAAAUGUUAAACAAAUAAGUAUACUGGAGUUUUAUAAUAUAACCAGUGCAGAUCAAAUGGGAAUUUUAUACAACAAAUUAGGACUUAUUUAUAUAUUAUAUGUAUUUAUUUUUAAAUAUAAUGUACAUA